UGAAAAAGCUUCGUGCGUUCCGUGCAGUUUUGUACACGCGGAGUCACUUUGUUACAACAAUUUAAAUAUUGUUUUCAGACGUGAUGUUUGGCUACUAGAAAGUUUAAAUGGCCUCCUAAGGCGGAACUUGGGUCACGCCAAAGCCUGCGCGGGAAUUUCAACAUGAUCUGGCUGACGGACGUGACUUCCUCCCGCGCUUUUUGAGUUUUGAAUUCGUUUAAAUGUAUGACGUCACAUCGCUCAGCCACCCGUACGUAAACCAUGGCACGUGAAGUGACUGACAAGGCAAAGAAAACAAAUGGAAAUAAAAAGAAAAGAAGAUCAUCUAGAAUCAAGCGACGAUCCAAUCCCGCGCAGAAUGUGUUUAAUCGGCGAGAAGUUUCGUCUGUUCUUGUGGUUGAAGAAACCCGCUUCUAUGAGGACAGUUACACUGAACCAGCAGGGGUCGCUGUUGAGACACAUUUAAUGCCGUCUUCUCUGACUGCUAACACUUCAGCGUUUGACGGAAGCCUCGUUAGUGCCCCAGCACUUUGUAACAAUUCAGUAACAGGAAAUGUAAAUAUUAAUUGUUCUGUUAUAGUGGCACAAAGCAGCGAUUCUGUCAUCAGUGAGGACAGCGAUCAGGCUCAGGAGGCAGUAAAUGGCGCCGAAGAGUUUACAAAAACUGUUCUCAGGACUCCUAAGAAGUUCAGGAGAACUCCUCAGGUUAAAUUAUUUCGACGAAAGGCCAGAAUUCCAAAUCGUUUUGAAGCAUCAUGCGCUCGUAGGCUGAAUUUUGGCGAUGAGCAGCGGCCAGCGCAGCACAGGAAGGGUAGGGCGAGGGCAGGGAAGCAGCCGCUAUCUCUGGUCACUGGAGGCAGGGUGAAGGUGCAGCCACCCAGUCACAUGCAGUGCAGCAUCACUGGUGGAGUCACUGGGGUUCGGGUCACUGCUACAUACCGCUGCAUUGAAUGUGACAAUAAGCUCCGCCCCUUUACGUGCGAGGAGUUUAGUGUGAAGUGCGCAGAGUGUGAGCAGAGCUGGAGGUGCUCCAAAAUGAAGUUCACAUGCGCAGCCAGAAUAACUGUCGAACCGACCAACGGACGGCGGCACAGUGUGACACUCUGCGAUUCCCUGCUGCGCAAAGUUGUUUCAUAUGAAGCUACAGGUUACUGUAACACGGACCAAAUAGAGAACCAGGUUUUGAAGAUGGACAGCAUAAGGGUGCACUAUGAAGACGGUCAUCCUCAGAGUGUGGAAAUGAUCACGUCAACUCAGGAGGACCCAGGAGUCAGAGGUUCUACUGCGGGGAGAAGUGCAGCUGGUCAGGAUGAGAACCCUGGUCUGGCAUCAGCUGCUCCUGUUUACAUGACUGCAGUUAUGAAAAAGUUAAAAACCAACUGUACCUGAAACAGCGCUCCGUUGUAUCUUCCUCUCAUCAUCGUGGAGUUUUUCCUCACCACCGUCGUCUCUGUCCUGCACUUCGGGGUCUCUGGACCUGGACAUGUGUGAAGCUGGUUUGUGAGAACAGCUGUUGUAAACAAACAAACAAACAAACAAACAACCCCCUGUAUAAACAAACUGGUUGAUUGGUAAAUAUGCCCCUGGAAUUGUCUUCAUACUACAUAUGUCUAUAUUGGGUUUUUUUUAUUGGUGAAUUGGCAAAGCAAGAUAUUAAUUCUCUGUUGUUAUCAGUCGUAGUUUUUAAUGCUGUGUCCUUGUCCUGGUGUCAAAGACCUGACAUUCUCAGGGAGCAGUGUAAUGUUCUGUCUUUUUUUUGUGGAUGUAUUUGUUUCAGUGGCCAGUGGACUGAAAUGUCUUGUGCUAGUUUUUGCUUCCAUUAUGCUUUUUGUGUGUGAUACUGCUGAGGAAAAAACACUGUGAUUGCAGGUUAAAGUGACAUUCUAGAAGUCACACCCAGUUCUGAGAGAAACCCAAAGCAGUUUUGGUAACUAUAAAUGACUGAAUGUAGUGAUCUCUCUAAAGUGAAGGAGCAAGUGAUAAAGGCAAACAAAAACUUCAGACCACUAGACAUUUCACUUUACAUUUAUGGAAUUUAGUUACUCUUGAAAGCUUUUCUAUAAAAACCAACAUUCGUCCACAAGUUAGCACAGGAUUUAACAAACGUUAUCCGCCCAGGGAAACGGGUGAUAAGUUUGUCAAAGUUUUGUUUUCAAGAGAAUGUAUUUUUAAAUAAUAAUAUACCAAACUAUUAGUCGUGGUGGAAUCUGAACAGUUAAGAUGCUUCUGCAGCUACGUUCACAUCACCAGCAAAGACGAGUGAUUUAAUAGUCACUAUUGUCUUGUAUAAUUCAAAGUUUAAACUGAAGUGUCGUGUUUAUUUUUGUCAUUUUAUCUUUUACAGAAAUGUACAAACUCAUUUACAAUCUAACUUCCAUCUUAGUAGGUGUUAAGACACGUUCAUCAGAUGGCUGCACGUGGUGGCGUGAACCACCCACAGCCCUCAUACAUUCACUCAAUUCUGCGCUUUUAUGUGGUCAUGUAAAGUGCCUCUGGCUCUGUUGAAAGUCGCUAUAUAAAUAAA